AUGGCAGAACAAGGUCAGUCCGCAUCCUCCCCCUCUUUUACAGCAGUAGCAUGCCGCUAAUGCCAUCUUGCGCACCUCAGAUCCGACCGUACUUGACGCGACGUCGUUGAACUUGGUCGACAUUGGCUCCUUGGCCGCGUGGUCCGUCUCAUCGUCCAAGCCGAACCACGGCGUAGGACACCUCUCGGAUCCGAACCUGAACACACUGUGGCAGUGCGUGUUUCCGUAAGCCUGCGUAUUGCAAUAAUCGGACUCGCUCACGUCCCCCCUGGAUCGUCGCUUGUAGGAGCGAAGGUGGGCAGCCCCACUUGAUCAACAUUCAAUUCCCAAAGAAGCAGUCCAUCGUCGUAAGCGCAGGUUUUCGUGAGAGUGCUCUCUCCCAAAAAGUGAUGAGCCAACAACUAAGGAAUGAGGCACCGCACAUCCCCAUCAGCAAAUUUCCAUUUACGCCGACGUCGGACGCGACGAUUCUUACACGCCCCAAAAGAUCUCUAUCCGAGUCGGCACCCACCACGGCGAUCUACACGAAGUCAAAUGGGUCGACCUGCACCAACCUACAGGAUGGCAACAUUUGCGGAUUGGGAACAACGACGCCGACGAUCCUUCGAGUGAACAGUUGAGUGGUCCUUCCCGCCCUCGCUCAGGAUCUGAAACUGCCGAGGUUGACGCCGAGGUUGACGCCUCGUUAUGGUCGAUGCCCGUUUCCUAUUCUCAGAGAUCCAAUCAGAGCGCACCUGCUACAAGUCGCGAUUGUAUCGAACCAUAUGAACGGCAAGGACACCCACGUUCGAGGACUGAGAGUCUUUGCACCCAAGAAGCAAGUUGGGGAGUCCUCGAAAGGAGUGCUCGGCAUUCGAGACAAAUGCUGA